AAUACCAUUAUAAUUAAGAAAAGAAAGAGAGAAAAACGCUCUGCGGCGACUGCGAUGGCGACACAUUAGGUUUCUAUGAUUCAACGACGGUGGAAACCUGAAAUCGACCGGGAUUUCCAGAUCGACACGGUAUCGGCUCAUUAUAAUCAAGAUGGAAAGUUUGGGAACCAGGGAAGGAAUUGGGGAAAAAGAUCCGUAUCGGAUCUGCGAGGGUUUUUGGCGAAUCAUUACAAGUUGGAAAUCGAUUUGCGAUCUCAAUCUUCACUAAAUCGAAUCCCUCGCAAACCGAAGAGCCAACUUAUUGGGAGUUCUGGAGAUAUAAAAAAUGGUGAAGGGGCGCGAAAGAGAUUGAAGAUAUCGGUCCCUCAUUUCAACAACUCGGAUCUAAUCAAGGGCUAUUCCAAAACAUUAAUUGGAAGAUGCAUGAACCCUGCGGAGCAAAAUGUCAAGUUCUUGGUGGGGACGCUUCCUAAAAUUUGGGGAUUGGAGGAAAAAGUAGUGGGUACUGACUUGGGGCUUGGGAGGUUUCAGUUUGACUUUGAUGCAGAGGAAGACAUCGAAACGGUGCUGAAGAUGCAGCCAUUUCAUUUCGACUACUGGAUGAUUUCCCUGGUUCGUUGGCAACCAAGGAAGUCUAAAAACUAUCCCUCAGAGAUCACUUUUUGGAUCAAGGUUUUGGGAGUGCCUUUGGAGUUCUGGGAAGCUCCAACUUUCAGGAGCAUAGGUGAUGCAAUUGGGGUCACAAAGGAGGUUGACUUGGAUUAUGGUAGAGUCCAAGUGGUGGUUGAUGGGUAUAAGGAACUCACGUUUGAGACGACGGUGGAUUUCAAGGGAGGAGAGUACUAUGAAGAAGAGGAGGCUCCAGUAUCCUUGCGGUAUGAAAAACUGUUUGGUUUUUGUGAAACAUGCUUCAGCCUGUGUCAUAAGAUGGAGAAGUGCCCACUGACCAUAGCUACCACGGAGAAGGCGGUGGAGAUAAGGGAUGAUGCUGAGUGUGGUUUAAAUGAUCGCGCUCGCAGCUACAAAGGAGUGGUCAUAAACGGAAAUGGAGGGCAACAAGAUCGGGGAAGAGAGAAACGUGAGUAUCAAGGGAAAGGCAAGGGGAAAAUGUUUGAGGAGACGGAUUCAAAGUGGGUCAGGGCUGCAGAUAGGGAGUCUAAAGCUUCUAAUCACAAAAACCAUCGUAAUGGCCACCGUGGUGAUGAAGGAAACUCUCGUUACAGGAACUCAAGAAGGGAGCACACCAGGACUCAUCAUCAAGACGAUCGCUCAAGAAAUAUUGCAGGAACGAGAGGUGAGAGAGUACCUCGCAUUGGGUUUCAACCGGAAGGGCUGGAGGAGGGUGAGAUCAAAGAGAAAGAGAUGGAGCGAUCAAUUCAAAUGGAGGAGAAGGUACCAGAACGGACGCAGCCCUCACAAGCAUUCCUUGAUGCGCUAAUGGCGACACAAGGAGAACUAUCUAAGGUAUUACCGAACCCCUCUAGUGGAGAACAAGAGCUAGGUGUAGAGCUAGGUGUGGAGAAUAUGGAUUUGGGUAUAGUAGACGGGAAUAAUGUAGAGACUGAUGGGAAUCUGGGUUUAGCGGAAAACUAUAUUGAGGAUGCUAGUUUUGGGAAUCAUAAGAGUAUGGGAGAGGACGAGGUUCAGAUGCUUAUUGAGGAAGAGAUAGAGGAAGAGGUUAAAGCACAGGUGGUUAUAACUGAGGUGCUUGAGGAGAAGAAGAAGUUCGAGGACAUGGAUGGGAAGGAUGGAGUCGCUGGGGAGGUGGAGAAGAGACAAGGUGUUCGUAAAAAGGUGGUUAAGCCGUCUGUAGGAGCUGCAGCUUCUAAUAAAUUGAAGAUGGCUCAGUUGGUGACGGCAAAACGUGUGGUAGCCAAACCAGGCAUUCGUCAUGGUGAUCACUCUAAGCAGGGGGAGGAUAAGGGUACAUCAGGUCCAAAACAUGACUCUGCAAAGCAAGUAAAAGAUCCAUGAAUACAAGCAUAUGGAUAGAAAAGUCACUUGGGCAGGUUAUGAUUUAUGGUUUUAUUUCAGUUUUAAUAAGCUCUCUGAGCAUUUAUACUUGGUGUUUUUUGGAUUCUUGUUGGUUUUAUGAUUGUCUCUUUUUAGUUUGUUUUGUGGAAUGGUUCUGCAUUAUGAUCUCUAAAUGGAAUAAACAUGGUUUUUUAGAGUGUUA